AUGACAGUACAGAUAUCCAAGGUGAAGAGUUUGGUGGUGCUCAAGGAGAUGAAAGACCUGAGCAAAAUACAAGAGAAGAAAGGCAGGAGUCACCUUGGAGAUCUGACAGGGACUAGAUCAUGUAUGGCCAAUAACGGAGCAGUUCAUCACAGAAAGGCUUCCACAUUUCACAUCAUCGUCUACGUGAAUGGUGUCCCCUGGAGCUGUGCAGCAAAUAGUCUGUUUGGCAGUAUGAGGCAGCCAUUUGUGUCUGGGUGCCUGAGUCUUCAAGAAUUUCGACUUUUGUUAUAUGCUCAUCUGGAGCCCAAAACUUCUGGAAAUUUCUUAAGGCAGAAGUCAGGCAUAAAUGAGCAUUCAUCAUUCGACUCUUCUAGUGCGUUUCCAGCAUACUGUGCCUUGGGCAUGACACAUCAGAGUCCAGUGUUUAUCUUUUAUUACCUGCCAGACCCCUCUGGAAAGAGCCUCCAUGGAAUUCAUCAUCUGCAGUGUUUGUUUCAGGAUGCAAGAGAUGAAGGUAAUGAGACUGAGGCCAGCAUGAUAAAUAAAUUAAGAAGGACAAGAAAGAAAGCCACCAAACCACAUAUAUCAACUGAAAUAGGAGAAGUGGAUAUAUCCAGCUCGAAAGAAAGGAGCAAAAAACAAAUGGCGUGCCACAAAUUGGGGGAUACUAGCAAACCAGUUGUGGGACCUGGCUCUGCUGAAUCUCAUCUGCCACAAGAUGACAAGGACUCCCAGGAUCAGACAGCAGUGAUAAAAUCGUCACCCUUCAAAACAUCAGCCAGCACUCCUGGUGGUGAUUUCAACCCAGACUCCAGCUUUACUGAUAACACCAGAGACAGCACUCAAAUUCCAACCGCACCCCAACUCUCCUCUAGAAUGAAGCACAUUAAACAAGAGAUGGCCAAAAAUCACCUUCAGUUUGUCCGAUUUGAAGCAACAGAUCUUCAUGGAGUGUCCAGGUCUAAGAGUAUCCCUGCACAAUUUUUCCAAGAAAAAGUGAUCCAUGGUGUUUUCAUGCCUCGAGGUUAUCUUGAAUUGAUACCGAAUCCUAAGGACAAUGAAGUGGAUCACAUAAGAGCAACAUGUUUUAAUAGUGACAUAGUCCUAAUGCCAGAAUUAUCAACCUUUAGAGUUUUGCCAUGGGCUGAGAGAACAGCAAGAGUGAUAUGUGAUACGUUCACUGUGACUGGUGAGCCUCUACUCACUUCCCCGAGGUACAUCGCAAAGAGGCAGCUGAGCCAGCUGCAGGAUUCUGGCUUUUCCUUGCUCUCUGCCUUCAUUUAUGAUUUUUGCAUUUUUGGUGUACCCGAAAUUAUCAACUCAAAGACCAUAUCUUUUCCUGCUUCAACAUUGCUAAAUAAUCAUGACCAACCCUUCAUUCAGGAACUCGUUGAUGGUUUAUAUCACACUGGAGCCAAUGUCGAGAGCUUUUCCUCCUCUACCAGGCCUGGUCAGGUGGAAAUUUGUUUUCUGCCCGAAUUGGGCAUCAAUUCAGCUGAUAACGCAUUUACCCUCAGAACAGGUGUCAAAGAAGUAGCAAGGAAAUAUAAUUAUAUCACCAGCUUUUUCAUUGAGACCGGAUUCUGCAAUUCAGGAAUUUUGUCUCAUAGUCUCUGGGAUGUUGGUGGGAAGAAAAACAUGUUCUGCAGCAGUUCUGGAACUGAGCAGCUCACGAUCACUGGGAAAAAGUGGUUGUCGGGACUCUUGAAGCACUCUGCUGCUCUCAGCUGCCUGAUGGCUCCUGCUGUUAGCUGCCGAAAACGUUAUGCUAAGGAGAGUAAAGACCAGAAGGAGAGUGUGCCUACAACAUGGGGAUAUAACGAUAACAGCUGUGCCUUUAAUAUCAAGUGUCAUGGGGAGAAAGGUGCCCGAAUAGAAAAUAAACUGGGCUCAGCAACGGCAAAUCCUUACCUGGUGCUGGCCGCGACUGUUGCUGCAGGCUUGGAUGGACUUCAAAGCAGCAACGGUGUCUUGGUUGAUUCAGAAGACAGCACAGAGCUUUAUCAGUCAAAACCUUCUGAGAUCCCUUUGAAACUUGAAGAUGCCCUUGUGGCACUGGAGGAAGAUCAGUGUCUGAAACAUGCUCUAGGAGAAACUUUUAUUCGAUAUUUUGUUGCCAUGAAGAAAUAUGAGUUGGAAAAUGAAGAAACAGAUGCUGAGAGAAAUAAAUUCUUAGAGUAUUUUAUUUAG